UCACUUCCAUACGCCAAGAGGAAGAGAAGGAACAUAGCACUGAGGAGAGUGAUGGGUUUUUUGUUUGCUAUUUGGAAGAGUUUGCUGUGGGAGAGAAAAUCCUACUACGCCAUGGGUAUUUUGUAAAGACAUGUUAUACUUCUCAAAGGCAAAUGAAGGAAAUGUGAAAUUAUAAGUUUGCGAUUGGCUGAUAAUACUCUCAGUUACGCAGCAGUACCUGUAAUGCAGCAGUACCUGUAAUGACCUGCUGUCUUCUUACUAAAAUUAUAACUUUGGAAGGAAGCAUAAGAAGAUGUUUGGUUACCAUAUAUGUUUUUGAGUACAACUAACUGAUUCUUGGCUCAGGAGAGAGCUAAAACGAUCUGCCAAUACCCAAGAGGCAAUGAAAUAAAACUUUCCCCUAAACUGACUUUCUACAUUUGCACAUUAAACAUCUGUGCAAAAACCAUGUGGGCAGCUAACACAAAAGGAAAUUUGUCUCAGAAGACUCUACAUACAGGUGAAAAAGAAACAAUUGUUUUACCUUCAAUUCAUAAGAAACGAUUGGAUAAAAUUGUGACUCCUUCCAGUAAUUUGCAUAGCCGAGGACACUCUAAAAGCCUCCAAGGAUUGUUCUUCUCCCCACAGAUGUCACAUUCACAGAAACAUGUGUGCAAGGAUAUUUGCUCAAAAUGGACUGGGAAACAAAAAUGUCAUUGGCAUGUACCAUACAUGAAAAUAACUGAAGAAACAGACAUGCAAGUGAGAAAACACUUAAAGCACUGCACGUCUUUCCAUUUUGCUAAAACCCAGAGACACACAUCAGAGGAUAAAAGUCAAUCACAUGUGAGAAACCCAGAGAUGUUUAUUCUAAGGCCGGAGGCAAACAUAAUAAAUCAGAUAAAAUGCCACUAUUCAAGUUUAAGUGUUUGUUCAAAUGAGUCACCGGAUGGGGAGAAAACCACUAAAUUGAUUGAAAAAGUUGUAAUUUCCAGACACAAGGAAACAGAAACCCAGAAAUCAAUGUGCUCCUCCAAAGAAAUCAAAUGGCUCCUCCAAAGGCAAACAAGUGAAGAAACCCACCAUUCAGAAAACACCAAGACAACUGAUGAAAAGAAAAUCAACAGAAGGAUAAUGGAUUUAUCGAGAAGUGUGCUAUUGGGUUCUCUAACUUUAUCAGAUGUAAAUAGUUCAGAAGAUAAAGCAGACAGAGCUGUUGUCUGUGGAUCCUCAUCAUCCAGUCUACCUCACCUGAAAAACCAGACUGAAACAGUAAACACCUGUAGUGUUCAUUUGCUUCAAGACCAGGGAAUAACUAAAGAAACCAGAUUCUAUCCGUGCAAGUCUUCAGAUGGCGAUACAAACACAGUUGCCAUUAGAGGACAAAUCAAUUCUCCGUGUUUAUCCAAAAGGAAAAUCUUCAUGAUCUAUAUCUGUGGAGGCUAUCAAGAUUCAGAAGUAGAACGAAAUGCAUUAAUGGAAAAGUCCUUUCCUUGGCUGUAUAAAUACUGUAAAGAGAGAGGCUACGACUUCCGGAUGGUGGACCUGAGGUGGGGGAUAAAAGAUGGCAUCACUAACAAUCACAACAUGGCUUCCCUACAUAUGAAGACAUUAAGGAAAUGCCAGCAGUUGGGAUUCCAAACCUUUGUCGUUUUUAUUGGGCAGAAGCAUGACGACCCCUCUCUCCCAGCAGUAAUAGCCGAGGAAGAUUUAGAGGCGAUCAAAGUCACAAUUGAACAAAUGAAGCUGGGUAACAAAAAGUCAAAGCAUAGUUUGGCUAGUGGUUUGAGGGAAGAAACUCUAGUAGAUAAAAGGAAUGAAAUCCAAGGCGAUAUUAAUCAAUAUGCCCUGAGCCCUAGUGUCUCAACGGAAGAACCUGAAGCUGAGACAAACAGCAAGAAGGAAUAUGAAAUGAUGAAUUCUAAUGGGCAGGAGUUUUCUAAUGCUUCUCUCCUCACCCAAAAGACUGUAGCUGAAUAUGAGAGAGAACUUCAACUUCUGGAUUGCUGGUACAGGUUGGAUGAAAACUACAUCCCUGCAGUUUACAGACUUCAACCUAUUUGCACAGUGUACCGAGAUAUCCUCAGCAAUGAUCCUACUCGCAGGCAACAAGCGAAGAACAAAUGGAUGGCGUCUUUUCAGAAACUGCAUAAGAUAUUUCAAGAAUAUGCUGCAGUUGCUCUUGGACAAGAAGCUGCCAUCACACUGCUCAGAACAGUUUUGCAGCAAGAAGUGGAUCAAGGAUUCCAGGUCCAGGGAAAGUGUGAGGAUCACUGUCACUGCUUCAAAAGAGACAUCACAGAUCUGCAGUCCAGCCUGUCAAGUCCCCAUGCACCAAAAUAUAUUGACGUUCACCCACUAAGAGCAGAGAUCAACAAAACAACGUAUGAAGCACAUCAGAAUUUUGUGAAAAGCAUUCACUCUAGGGUAAGUUGCUCAGAACAUCAUUGGUUGUGGGACAUAGGCAUACAAGAGGAACCAUCAAAGUGCAAGGGCACAUUCCAGCCAGGCAAAACACUUGGGGGUGGGGGGUGCAGUAGAACGAGUGAGUAUGGCCUGGGGAAAGUUCUUAAGGCCAAAUCAACCACCAACAGAUCCCAUGCUUACUACCUUGAGUGCCUUUGCAAUGACUUUCAGAAAAUUGUCAUCAAUCACUUCAACAGAACAAUCCAUUUGAAGGAUAUUCAAGAAAUGCGAAGAAAGAAAGCAUCUGAAACUCAUAAUGAUGACGAGAUUCUGGAACAUAUCCGGCACUGUCAGGCCUUGGUUAAAUGUCUAAUAGGAAGAGAAAUGUUUUUGUGCAAACUGAAGAAUCGUGUUGCAUCCUCGAACAGAAGGCUAGUUGUAAUUUGUGGAGAGGCUGGAUGUGGGAAAACUGCAGUCAUAGCAAAAGCCGCUUCCUUGGCUCCUAGCUGGAUAUCUGGGAACCUCAGAGUUGUAAUUCGAUUUAUUGGUGUUACUGGUGAAAGCAGAAAUAUCCGACUCACUCUCUUCAGUCUUUGCUACCAGAUAGCUUCUAUCUACAAAGUCUUGGUUAAUUUAUCCAAGGAUUUUGAAGGAUUGGUGGAAGAGUUUCUUUCUUUACUGGAGUCUGCCACACAAGACAAACCACUUCUAAUAUGUCUGGAUGGCAUAGAUGAAUUAUCAGAGGAAUAUGUCACAGAUUUUCCUUGGAUACCUCCUGAAUUACCAAAGAAUGUGUAUUUUAUUGUUUCCACGUGCACCGAAUCAAGUUUUUCAUGCUUAAAAAAACUGGAGAAAAUAACAGCGAAAGAUAAUAUUUUACAAAUACCUCCUUUGACAUUUGGAGAAAUCAGUGAGAUGAUCAGCUCCUGGCUAGAAAAGGAUUGCCGAAGACUUUCCCAGCAACAGCAUGAUCACCUAAUGGAAGCCUGCACAGCCUGCCCAGUACCACUUUAUGUAUACUGUGCCUAUAAGGAGUCCUGUUUAUGGACAUCUUUCAGCCCAGAGGCAGAGGUGUGUCUUCCUCAAAAUAUACCUGAUCUGUAUUCAUGGACACUGAGCAGAAUGGAAAAAUCUCACGGAGAACAAGUUGUAAAAAAGAUGGCAGCUUAUACCACACUUUCAAGAAAUGGCAUUACUCAGGAAGAGCUGCUCCACCUUAUGUCAACGGAUGAUGUGGUUCUUAAGGAAGUAGCUAAAUUCCAAAAAGUCUCAAUUUCAGCAUUCCCGCUAGUGCUGUGGUUGAAACUUUUGGAUGAUUUUGGAGACCACCUGAAAGAGCAAAUAACUGAUUGCACUUAUGUUUUUAAUUGGGCUCAUACAUCUCUGAGACGUGUCUGCAUGGACAGAUAUCUCAGAACACAGGAUUCCCAGGCAUCGCUGCAUGCCACCUUUGCAGAUUACUACCUGAGUAGAAUUCCACAUAAACUAAUUGAAAUGUCUACAUUUCAACCUUUGGUCUGGACUUUAGAAAAAGAAUCCAAUAUCAGUUACACCUUUAACAUCCGUAAGCUCCUUGGGACUCCUUAUCACCUCAUCAAAUCUAAGAAUAUUACUGCCUUAAUCAAAGAAUGUCUCUUUAAUUAUGAGUUUCUCUUAUACAAAGCCUGGGCUUCAUCAGUUAUCAGUAUUGAAGCGGAUCUAAGAGCAGCUAUCAAUGCAGACAGGACUAUACAUGACUUAACUUUAUUAAGUGAAGCGCUCAAGUUAUCCAAGAAAGUUUUACUACAAGACCCAUGUCAGAUGGCUUCACAGCUUAUAGGCCGCCUUCAUCGUAUUGUUGCGGCAGAUAAACCAGUGGCCCCAGGUGAUCCCAAAAAAUAUCCCUAUCUGCCAGCUCUUUUGUCCCAGUGUCAGAAAUCUUCUAUUCCUGUUCUUCUACCUUCAACAGCCUGCCUUAUAGAACCUGGUAGACUUCUCUGCGACCUUCUGAGAGGUCACUUGGACAGAAUUGUAGCAAUUGGAGAAACCCAGGAAGAAUUCACUGUUGCAACAGUCUCCAGUGAUGGCACUCUGAAAUUGUGGGAUUUGAGGGUCGGCAAAGCUGUCUUCACUCUGCAUGGAGUUGGGAAUAAUAUCAGUGCAAUUGUAGUGUGUCUGGAGAACAGACUGGUGGCUGUGUCUGACAAAAGCACUAUUAAAAUCUGGGAUCUUUCCCUGGAAAAAGUGGUAUAUGCAACUGGCGAGUUUGUUGGUACUCCAAUACUAACAUCUGCAAUGAAUGGACACCUCUUACUGGUGUUUUUUAAUGGCAGCCACAUGGUUAAGGUUUUUGAUCUUGCUCAUUCCUGCCAGUUGCUCCAUGAGGUAUACCUUUCUACAGAGGAAGAGCCUAUCCAGAAGACUAAUUCCAUUUUGGUAUCCAAAAAUUCAGUGAAAGAUUAUGUUCUCUGUGCCUUUAGGAGCGGAAGUGAAGCCAUGGUCUUUAGUGGCAAAAAGGGGAAAGUAGUUGCUAAGCUGAAAAGCCAAGAACCAGUGGCAGCUGCUGAGGAUGUAGCUGUAACUAAGGAAUACUUCCUAGUGAUCUUCAGGUGUCCCUUCAUGAAGCAGCGUGAGAUUGUCCAUAUAGAGCUCUACAACGUCCACACCUUUGCCUAUGCUCACAGUCUGAAGGGAUGCUGCAAUGAUUAUAUUCACAUUUUUGCUGUGAAUCAUUUGGGCUCUCACCUGCUGGCGUUCAGCCCCAUUCCAAACACCAAUACCACUGAAAUAGUGUCAUGGAACCUGGAAUCUGAAGACCACAAGCACUUGGCGAAGUUUCCUUCAGUCCCAGCUGGUGGUGUAUGCUCUGACCUUCGUUACUGUUUAACAUUCUGUGAUGGAGACAAUUAUCUUCAAUCUUGGAAUUUAGCUUCCAAGAUCAAUGACCAGUCAUUGACAGUCACUGCAAGUAAAGCCAAGAAAACAAAUGGUAUUCAUGAUAUUCUAACAAUGGAGAACUAUCCUAGGUAUGCCAUGUGCAGAAACACAAGCCCAGGGGUCAUAACAGUGUGGAACAUCAUGAAAUCAAAAUGUAAACAUAAUGCUGUGAGAGUGGAGAGGGGAUUGCUAGAGAAUACGGAUAUACCGGUAGUUCUGCUCAGAGACAUGAAACUUUAUGUCCUUACAGACAAAGGAAUGGCCUCUUUUGCAGAUCCUCCGAGACCCAUUUUCCAGACUCUUUUAGUUUAUGACCUUCUGAAAAAGAAGUACAUAAGGAAGCAGACUGGCCUUUACAUCAUUCCCUGCCCAAAUAACGAGUAUAAGAUCCUUGAAGGAGGCCUUCUACUUGGACUUUCAGAGAACAGAGACCAUUUUAUUACCUGGAACUUGGAAACUGGAUUUAUUAAGGAUCGAUUAAGGCCAGAAAACAAGGACAAAUUUUCCUUGCAAGCUGAAAAGCCUAACCAUUCCCUGUCCAGGGAAAACAUGAAAAGAUGCAAAGGAGUCUUGCCUAACAGAACAACAGUGUUACAGCUUCCAUGGGAAAGGCGAAAUGAAACAAUGACUGGAAAGAGACGGAGGAAGGAAAAGGCAGCAAAAAUGGAGACAGAACUGCUGCAGCAACUUGCUAAUGAAAAGAGCAAUGCCAUUGACCAGUUCCUCCUGAGUGGAGAUGAGAAGGUUGUUGUGUGUUCCUACUAUGCACAUCACCUGUCAGUGUUCAGCUUGGAAAGCAUGUCCCAUCUCCACACCCUUGAGAGCAGAGAAUCCAUGCUUUUCUUACACAAUGCUGCCUUGACCUAUAACGGCCAUUAUCUGGUGCUCUCCAAUUACAGUGAGAAGGAGAAAGUCAGCUAUGUAACACUAUGGAAUUUACCCAUGGGGAAGGUUAGGAAAAGACUAAUAAAUGAGCCAAAUGUCUGCUGUACAGCCAUUGCUGAUGAUGCUAGUAGGAUAAUUUUUGGAGUGAUGGUGGAAAACAGGAUAAAGAUCUGGGAUCUGUUUAAGCAUAGGCACAAGCUAAUUCAAGGUUACGAAGGUCUUCAUCUAACUGUGUACAGCAAACUACACAUAUUAGAUGGAGCAAAGGCUGUUCUCCUUGCAGGUGAAGUCAGUAUCUGGGAUUUGGAAAGUGGCACAGUUAUAUCAGUCUUUACACCAGACAGCAAAAUCUCCUGCAUGACAGUUGCGUUUGAUAGAAACACAGUUCUUUUAGGUUUGAGUGACAACCCUACUCUCAUUACUUUGAAAAUGCUGAGCACCAACACCGCUGCAAGUUCAACAGGAAAAGAUUUGUUUGGAGAGGAAUCCUCAAGCAGUGAAGAAGAACCUGAAGUUAUUUAAAAGCCAAAAUUUUAACCAAGUAAGAAGCUAGCAUUCACAAUUCAAUGGCUUUUUUUAAAGAGAGUAUAUUACAAGAUAUCCAUUGAUUCGGGAGAACUGGUACAAAAUACUUUUGCAUUUCUGUAAUGUUGGAUCGUCACCCAGAACAGACCCAGGGAAAUCAAUGAGCUUGUGUCGAUUUUAAUGGGUCUAGUCUAAGCGAGAUGAGUGCCGCACCCCAUAGUCGCCUUUGACUGGACUUAACAGUCCAGGGUCCUUUUUUACCUUACUCUGUAACUUAGUUGGUUUAUAAUCUUGCCCAAACAAAAAUACCUACUUUUAGUUUGCUAUUGGCAGAUGUUUCCUGGCCUUCUGCAUCAGUAAGAACUUAUAUUGAUUGCAUUGUCUAAGGAUCCAAACAGAGAUUAUCAGGGAUAAAACACCCAAGUCACUAGUUCCAUUUGUGUUGGGUUAUAUAGAGCUGCUUUAUUUAGCCUUGAGCUCCCAAUGUUGCUGGACCAAAACUCGCAUCAUCCCUGACCAUUGGCUAAGCUGGCUGAGGUUUGGUGAGAGUUGAAGCCCAACAAUAUCUGUGAUCUCAAGGCUGAUAUAGUAGAUAUUUUGUGCCCUAAAUGUCAGGAAAUGGAUGAAUAAUUUGAUUUUAACAGAAUACGUAGAAGGAAGCGGUCCCCUUUUUUAAGGAGCAGCAAAAAGUAAUUGGGAUACAUAUAUACUACACACAUGGUGAAGCUCAUGUGCUUGAUUAGGUUUCAUAAAGGUAGGAAAGGGUUAUCUAUCAACUUUAAGAAUUGUUAUGACAAUGAUAAUAGAUUUCAGCGAUUUUGUAAAAGAUAUAAUCAGAAUGUUUCAAUCGAAAUAUUGAUAUUCUAUUGUAAUAUUUACUGAUAAAUUAAAAUGAUAGCAAACAUUUGGAUGAUACUGGGU